UUUUUUUUAAUUGACUUGACAUCGCCAUCUUGACUCAGUUUCUUCCUGAAGUUUUUAAGCUUUUAGGACUUUCAUCAGAACUGUGGAUUAAACCAAAAUGGGUGCUUGUUUGGCAGUGAGUUGCCUUGCCAACUGUGCGUCCUGUUUGUGUGGCUCGGCCCCCUGCCUCUUGUCAUCAUGCUGCCCAUCAACGUACAACUCCACCGUGAGCCGACUGGCCUUCUCCUUCCUGAUGCUGCUCGGGACUAUGGUGUCUGUCAUUAUGAUUCUCCCAGGCAUGGAGGAACAUCUUAAAAAGAUUCCAGGGUUCUGUGUUGGCGGAACAACCAUUCCCGGCAUGGAGAACAAAGUGAACUGUGACAUCAUUGUUGGCUACAAGUCAGUGUACCGCAUGUGCUUCGCCAUGGCCUGCUUCUUCUUCCUCUUCUUCAUCAUCAUGAUCCGAGUGCGCAGCAGCAAGGACCCCCGAGCCGCCAUCCAAAAUGGUUUCUGGUUCUUUAAGUUCCUGGUGCUUGUCGGUCUAACUGUGGGAGCUUUCUUCAUUCCAGACGGCAUGUUUACGACAGUGUGGUAUUACUUUGGCGUGGUGGGCUCAUUCAUGUUCAUCGUCAUCCAGCUCAUCCUGCUGGUGGACUUCGCCCAUUCCUGGAACCAGUCCUGGCUGGAGAGGGCAGAGGAGGGAAACAGCAAGUGCUGGUUUGCAGCUCUGCUUUCUGUCACCUUCAUCAACUUCGCCUUGGCUUUUACUGCUGUUGUGCUCUUCUACGUGUUCUACACCCAGCCUGACGGCUGCACAGAGCACAAGGUCUUCAUCAGUCUCAACUUCAUAUUCUGCAUCAUUGUGUCCAUCGUGGCCAUUCUGCCUAAAGUUCAGGAGGCCCAGCCGAGCUCAGGUCUGCUCCAGGCCUCUCUCAUCUCCCUCUACACCAUGUAUAUCACCUGGUCAGCCAUGACCAACAACCCCAAUCGGCAGUGUAACCCCAGUCUGUUGAGUUUGGUCCAGCCCGCCAGCCCAACUCCAGCACCAGGUCCUGCUCCUCCUCAUCAAAACAUCCAGUGGUGGGACGCACAGAGCAUCGUGGGAUUGCUCAUUUUCUUGUUCUGUACUCUUUACGCCAGUAUCCGCUCCUCCAACAACGCCCAGGUGAACAAGCUGAUGCAGACUGAGGAGGGCCAGGGUCUGACCGCCGUCGAGUCCGUUGAGGGGGAGGACGGAGCCCGACGGGCUGUGGACAACGAAGAGGAGGCUGUUACCUACAGCUACUCCUUCUUCCACUUCAGCCUCCUGCUGGCCUCCCUCUACAUCAUGAUGACCCUCACCAACUGGUACAAACCUGGGACCGAUUACAGCGCCAUGCAGACCACCAUGCCGGCCGUGUGGGUGAAGAUCUGCUCCAGCUGGCUCGGCUUGGCCAUUUACCUCUGGACCCUGGUGGCCCCGCUGGUGCUCCCCGACAGAGACUUCAACUAAAAAACGGUGAAGUCUGUUAACAUGUGGCUGCCAGCCUCUUGUUAUUUGCACCAGGAUAGCUUUAGCUUUAAAUCGAUCCGUUUGAUUUGCUUGCAACACCACAUUUAAAAUUGGGAAAUGAAAGGAAAACGUGUUUUGUUUUUGACCUGAAGCCGCAGCACGUGUUAGCUAAAUGUUGCCUUUUGUGGCUGGAGUUGAAAUGAGCAAAAGAAUCGUUUGAGCUGAGAUUUAAUCACACAUACCAGUUUUUCCACCUCAGGUUAUUUUGCCUUUCCACUGUUACUGAGAUUCUGAUUGAGAGCACUACACAGCUUUUAUUAGACGACACCAAAUGAAACUUAGUUGAUCCCUAUGGUGAAUGGAUGUUUAGGCUUUGUUUCACUACAUUAACAUUAAUUGUUCAUACUUUUUAUAUUGUUUCCUUUAAAUCACUUGGAUUCCAUGGACUAUAGCUGCAACUAACAAUGAUUUUCAUUAUCGAUUAUAAGUCAGUCAUUUUCUCAAUUAAUUCAUAAAACAUAAAAAAAAAUGUCAGAAACUGUUGAAAAAUGUUGAUCACUAGUUUCCCAAAGCCCAAGGUGACGCUUCAAAAGUUUUUUUUUCCACAAAAAACUACUCUCAGAGAGGACUGAAGAAAGCAGAAAUCGAAAAUGUUUUUGUUUUUUUGUUGUUGGCUUUAGAAAAUGAUUUGAAUGUGAUUAAUUUGAUUGUUGACAACUAAACGAUUGAUCGACUAAUCGUUGCAGCUCUAGCAUGGAUGUCCAAAUCGUGCAGACUAGAUUUUAGUUAUGCAUGUUAUUUUUUUAUUGCACAGCUUUGUUCUAGUGGUCAGUUUUAUAACAGCAGUGCCUUAUUAUAUUUUACACACAAGUUAUUCUGAGGGACCAUUUUUGAUAUCUUUUACAUUUUUGAUGACAUUCAGUUGUCACUAUAAAGUUUCUUCCGCAAUAUUCUGUAUAAUCACUUGUCAUUAUACUCAAUAAAGUUGACAUUCUGUUCAAUGUCUGUAA